CUGCUGUACCCAGCCACACCCCUCAGUCAAUACUAACACGUUUUUAUUGCAAAAGGUAACCUUUUCCUCCUUUUCUUGAAGUGAAUUGCGAAACAAUCGAAGAUGUUUGCAACUCUAAACACAGGAGCAAAGAUGCCGCUCUUUGGACUGGGUACUUGGUUAUCAAAGCCUGGAGAGGUGGGGCGGGCAGUAGAGGAGGCGUUACGUGUUGGGUACACUCACAUUGACUGUGCCCACAUCUAUGGGAAUGAGGCUGAAGUGGGUGUGGCUUUACAAAAGUGUUUUAAUGAGGGAGUGUGUAAAAGAGAAGAUAUAUUCAUUACUUCAAAAUUAUGGAACACUGAUCAUGGCAGAGAUGAUGUCCUUCCGGCCUGUCAGUUGACACUGAAGAACCUACAACUAGACUACCUGGACCUCUACCUGAUUCAUUGGCCACAGGCUCUUCCUAAAGGUUGUAAAGUAGCUUCACUGACCGAAGAGGAGAAGUUAGGAUAUAAUGAGGAGAGCAUUGCCCAUUGCUGGGAGGGUAUGGAGGAGCUGGUUGCCAAAGGUCUAACUAAAGCUAUUGGUAUUUCAAACUUUACAAUAACAAAAACUGAAAACUUGUUGAAAACUGCAAAAAUAAUACCAGCAGUAAACCAAGUUGAGUGCCAUCCUUUCUUUCAACAGCAAAGACUUUUUGAAUAUUGUAAAGGAAAAGGUAUUCAGUUUGAGGCCUACAGUCCGCUGGGUAACCCAGGGCGUCCCAAGAAAGGGGACGAUGAUCCUAGUGUGCUGGAGGAUCCAGUCAUCAAUGACAUCGCCAAGAAACACGGAGUGGGGCCAGCUAUUGUAGCGAUCUCCUUUCAAAUACACCGUGGUAUAGUGGUUCUUGCUAAAACGGUUAAUCUUGAACGAGUUAAAGAGAAUUUAAAGGCAACAGAAGUGCAGCUGGACGCUGAGGACAUGAGGAGACUGAGGGAGUUGGACAGGAACCUAAGGUUUUUGAGGUUUUUCAUGUUACGUAACGACCAGACACUGGCCGACUUCUGGGACGAAGAAGCUGAUAGUAAAUUCACUAUUGAAGAACCAACCAGCAAGAAAACCAGAGUUGAGCAGUAGUGACUAAUAACUAUUAAUAACUGACUGUUAGUUUAUUUUUGAUAAUUAUUUUUUGGGCUGCUAAAGACUAUUCGUUACUUUUCACUUUGA